AUGGUAGAAGACGUACCCUCACCAAACAAAUCACCGACUCUCGAAAUUUGGGAGCAUCCUAAGCGUGACAACUACCACAAAUGCAUGGGUCGAACAAAGAGUGAUCGACGGGCGGGGAACAUCACAAAUGGUUACCUUUUGGUGCAUGCUAAUGGAGGAUUAAAUCAAAUGAAAUCUGGAAUAAGUGACAUGGUUGCAAUUGCAAAAAUUAUGAAAGCCACUUUAGUUAUGCCAACAUUAGAUCAUAAUUCCUUUUGGACCGAUCCUAGUGAUUUUAAACAAAUUUUUAACUGGAGGAACUUCGUUGAAGUUUUAAAUGAUGACGUUCGAAUAGUGGACUCUCUACCACCUGAAUUUGCAAGAAUUAAGCCAGUUUUGAAGGCACCAGUUUCUUGGUCCAAGGCCAGUUAUUAUGCAGGGGAUAUAUUGCAAUUAUUGAAGAAGCACAAAGUGAUCAAAUUUACCCAUAGUGAUUCUCGUUUAGUCAAUAAUGGUCUAGCUACUUCAAUUCAAAGAGUACGUUGUCGUGCCAUGUAUGAGGGGCUCAAGUUCACAUUCCCAAUUGAAGAGCUUGGAAUGAAAUUGGUAAAUAGACUUAGAAACAACAACACUCCUUACAUUGCACUCCAUUUGAGAUAUGAGAAGGACAUGCUUGCUUUUACCGGCUGUAGCCAUAACCUGACCAAAGAAGAAGCCUUGGAGCUUAAAAAGAUGAGAUAUCAGGUGAAACAUUGGAAGGUGAAAGAGAUUGAUAGCAAGUCAAGACGCUUAAGGGGUAGCUGCCCAAUGACUCCAAGAGAGGUUGCUGUAUUUCUUGAAGCACUUGGCUAUCCUCUUAACACCAAGAUUUAUGUAGCUGCAGGCACAAUUUAUGGCAAAGAUGGAAUGAAACCCCUCCUAAACAAGUAUCCUAAUAUUUUUAGUCACUCCACUUUAGCCACAACAGAAGAGUUGCAACCAUUUAAAGGCCACCAAAAUCAACUUGCUGCUUUAGAUUACAUCAUAGCAUUGGAAAGUGAUGUUUUUAUUUACAGCUACGAUGGACACAUGGCCAAAGUAGCUCGAGGUCAUCGAACAUUUGAAGGGUUUCGAAAAACCAUUAGCCCAGACAAACAAAGGUUCGUGAGACUGAUUGAUCAAUUGGACAAUGGCUUGAUUUCAUGGGACGAUUUCUCAUCAAGGGUUAAAAGCAUACAUGGAAACAGAAUUGGAGCUCCUCAUCCUAGAAAAGUCCAUCGACACCCCAAAUGGGAAGAAAGCUUCUAUGCAAAUUCUUAUCCAGGUUGCAUCUGUGAUGAUCAUCAAUUUGGCAGUUCAACUACAAAAGCCAAUGCUCCACUAUUUCAAAAUGUAUAUUUGAUAUUGUUGCCAUUUGUUCUCUACUGCAAUUCCACCGUCCGCGUCGACGCUACCACCGCCAUCCCCCGUCCUCUUCUUCCUCCCUCUCUAAUAAGUUAUGGACACUCAGAUAACAAAUAG